AUGCGUCAAGCCCCGGGCGGAUUUAAUGGACCAAGAGCACGUGCACCACCACUAGUACGACCAGUAGUACCAGCUGGUCGAGCACCCGGUGGUGCUGGUCUUCUUGCAGCUAUUCUUGGACCCAUUGGUGGUCUUACUGGAUGUUUAUGUUGUCUUAUGACUAUCGGUGUCUGGGGUUUAUUUAUCACGGCAAUUCCAUUGACUGUCUUUAUUAGUCGAUGGUUACGUGAUUAUAGAAAUCGUAAUGGUCUAAAUGGUGCCCAAGAACUUGUUGCUCCACAUAUGCUUCUUUUAUUAGUACUCGAAGCACUCACUAAGGUACGUGUUUAG